AACUGCAUUCAGCAGAACAGAGCAAGCGAUUAGUGAUUCGAGAAUGUGAUUGGUUUACAUCUCAAAUUCUUGCCAAAAUUCAAAACUGCUCGAGCCACGCAGAUGGCACUUUCGAUUAAAAGCGGAAGUUCCUGAGUCGAUCGAUAAGUGUCAAGAGGUUCUAUAUUCAUCAGCGAUUGCAAAUUGUUUCGCAACAACGUAGCUGACAAGUCUUGAUUCGCUAGUUCAGAAGUGCGCGCAUUUUCCUGAGACUUCAAUUUGUUGUCAAACCAUUUAUUUUUGACCAAGUUAUAUUCUUUCGGCAAUAUCUCGUUGAUACAUCAUACAAUUGGAUAUUAGUGUUGGGAAUCCUCCUUUACGAGACUCCUGGAACCAUUAUAGAGAAAGAGAAAGAGAGAGAGAGAGAGAGUGUGUAUGUGUGUAGCUGACAACUUAUCAGAGCAACGGAUUGAUUCGACGAAGGUUCGGUGAAAAAUAUUCGCGACGUAGUGGAUUCAUAGAUUGACCGAGCAGUCGUUUUGCGUGACUCGUCGCUUCUCGUGUCGUUUUUUCUAGCACGCAACAAAUGCAUCUCUCCUCCUCGUUUCUUUCUUUCUCACAUACCUGACACGACGUCAAGAAAGGAUAGUUUGCUUAUAAACGGAUACAUAUUUGAUGUAUAUACCAUAAUAUACGAUAGAUGUAUGAGUGGUGAUGUUUAACAUUAAUUACUUUAUCGAUGAAGAGAUGGAAUAUGAUAGCGAAGAAAGUGACAGCGCCAGUCGCCGUAUAAGAGACAUGUCCGAUGAUAGCUCAGAUUCGUUCAAUCUGGAUGAAAUACCAGUGCCUAUAAACAAUACGUUUGAUGUGACAUUACCAGCAACCCAUUCUUAUUUAGGACCAAAUUUGGAGGAAUUAAGAGGGAGAACAAUACUGGAUGAUGGAAUUUAUAUGAAUUUACCACUGUUGAUAAAGCAAACUGUGCUAUUCCCUGGACAAACAUUGCCCAUGACAAUCUUCAAUCUGCAGAUUAUCAACAUUCUAAAAAACUGUAUAAAGAAUGACCGUACUUUCGGUUGUGUAUGUUAUGGUAAUCCUAUCAUACACCAAAUAGGAACAACUGCUGAGAUAUACGAGUAUAGGGAGGGAUCUGGGAGAAAUGGUUUUCAUCUGAAAGCCAAAGGCAGACAACGGUUCAAAAUAUUACGUAUUGUUACACCGGAACAUCAUAAAAUUUCGGCCAAUGUUAAAGUGUUGCCAGAGAUAACACUUGGGCCACCAUUCUUGGACCAACGUUUGACUUCAUUAGAUCAUUUAAGAAUUCAUUCUGAUCCGGAGGAAAACGUAAAAAAGCAGGAAAGAAUAGAAAAUCUCGAGGCAAUGAUAACUCCUUGGCCAGCUUGGGUUUACAGGCAAUAUGACUCUACGAGACUUUCCAUGAAAAUCCGUCAACAUCUGCAAUUUCUUGAAAUUAGGGGAGGUAACGUACCUAAAGAUCCUGUCGGUUUGUCCUUCUGGGUCGCAGAGAAUAUCCUGAUAGAUCACGACGAAAGACUUGAAUUACUACGUUAUGAUUGUGCUAUUAGUCGUUUGCAACGAGAGUUAAAAUAUCUCAUAGAGGAUAAGAUCUACGUGUGCAUUCAAUGCGAGACUUUCAUCGGUAGGCAGUCACACAUGUUCCCAAUGAACAAGGAAGGCCCGCAGGGUACUUAUGUCAAUCCCGAAGGUGUUAUACAUGAAACUAUAACCUUUUAUCAUGUUCAAGGAGUAACGCUUAGCGGCUCUUCACCUUCGACCGAAUAUAGUUGGUUCCCAGGAUACGCCUGGACGGUAGCAGUUUGCAAACGUUGCCGUCGUCACGUUGGUUGGAAGUUCACCGCGACGAAUAGUGAUUUAAGGCCAAGAGCUUUCUGGGGCGUAACACGCGGAAGCUUGAAAGACAAAGAUUUGAAAAUCAAGAAGAAAGAAUAAAGAUGAUCUAUGUACAAACAAUCUAUAUAGACAGAGAAUAGCUGUUAUAUUAUCAAUAGUCAUAUAAGUUAUAAUGCAGAGGUUUAUAUGUAUGUUCAAGCUGUCAGUUAAUACUGUUGCGGAUUGAAAUCAACCCUAACUCGCUAUUAAUUAUUAUGAAAUCCUUUUGAAAGACUACAAAACUAAAGGGUAACUAACGCAUUCCCGUUAUUUUCUUUAUAUUAAUUAUAUUGAUUAAUUUGUUAUUAUAGUUUUAUUGAUAUUAUAUUGGAAUUAGUUAACGUAUACAGUACCAGUUCAUGUAUCUCCAAAAACUUGCAUAUAGAUACCUCAAUGUUAAUAGAGCUUCGUUUCUUUCAUGUUUUUGUGAUUAUAAUAAAAAAAAGUUCUAAACCAUAUGUAUAUAGAA